GCAGAAUGUUUCAAUCUCCAACAGAGAAACAGAAUCCUGGACUGACUACUGAGGGAUCCUGCCAGCUACUGGCUCCAAAGUUGGCUUUGGCUCUGGACUAGAUCUGUGUAAAUUGGGGCCCAGGCUCCUCAGUCAGCAGCUUAUAUUGAUUGCAGGCUUCUUUUGUCUCCUCCUCCCCAGUGGAAGCCUCUCCCCCUCUCCUCUUCUGCCUCUCAGCCUCUUCCGCUUUGCUGCUCUGCUUCUAAUGAAUUGAAAUCUCCGAGAGAGCCGCCAAGACUCUGGUAGUUUUACAAUACUGUCCUUGCUCUUUUUGCCUUUGCCUAGUCAAGGGUAUCUUUGCCUGAGGUCAGGGUGAUGCUGUUAGUGCCGGUGAUGAUUGCAUAGCAACACAGAGCAGCUCUGAGAGAAGAGGAGGAGAAAGAGGAGGGCAGGGAGGUAGAAGAGACGGAGCCAAAGCGAGAGUGUGCAUACAGCAGCUGUCGGCAUUCCUGUCUCAGGGACUUCUUUGCUGAUUCACAGAGGCAACCCAGUCGGGCCUCUCGGCUCCCAGUUGCUGCCUGCUUUCCAGACCUGACGGAAUCAGAAGGUGCUUAUUCUCAACAGUUGGUGUGUUUCCCUUCCUCACCCGCCCAUGAACCUUGGUUCUGAUGCAACCUAUGGUCAUGCAGGGAUGCCCUUAUACCCUCCCACGAUGUCAUGAGUGGCGAGCAGCAGGUCAAUUCCGUCACAGCAGUAGUCUCCGAAACGCCUGCCCCCAGCCUCAGGUUAGAGCUGCUGUAACUGCCCCUACGCCUCCUCAGGAUGGUGCUGGGGUUCCCUGCCUAAGCCCAAAGCUGUUCAGAGUGUCUAUUGGUGCAGUAGGACCUCUGGAACCACCAGCCAUGAAUCUGUGUUGGAAUGAAAUUAAAAAGAAGUCGCACAACCUCCGAGCUCGACUAGAGGCCUUCUCAGACCACAGUGGAAAGCUUCAACUCCCACUCCAAGAGAUUAUUGACUGGCUCAGCCAAAAGGAUGAGGAAUUAUCAGCUCAGCUGCCCCUACAAGGUGAUGUGGCCCUGGUGCAACAGGAGAAGGAGAUUCAUGCGGCCUUCAUGGAAGAUGUCAAGUCUCGGGGUCCCUAUAUCUACUCGGUGCUAGAGUCAGCUCAGGCCUUCCUGUCCCAGCAUCCAUUUGAGGAAUUGGAGGAAUCUCAUUCUGAGUACAAAGAUACCUCUCCCAGACAGCGGAUCCAGAAUCUUAGCCGCUUUGUAUGGAAGCAGGCAACAGUGGCUAGUGAACUAUGGGAGAAGCUGACAGCCCGCUGUGUGGACCAACACCGCCACAUUGAGCGCACACUGGAACAACUGUUGGAAAUCCAAGGGGCAAUGGAAGAACUAAGAGCUACACUGGCUCAGACCGAGGAAGUGCGAGGCACUUGGGAGCCCAUUGGGGAUCUUUUUAUUGAUUCUCUUCCAGAGCACAUCCAGGCUGUUAAGUUAUUCAAAGAAGAAUUAUCCCCCAUAAAAGAUGGAGUGAAGCUAGUGAAUGAUCUGGCCCAUCAGCUUGCCAUUUCUGAUGUGCACUUAUCAAUGGAAAACUCCCAGGCCCUGGAACAAAUCAACAGCCGAUGGAAACAGUUGCAGGUUUCAGUUGCUGAAAGGCUCAAACAGCUCCAGGAUGCUCACCGGGACUUUGGGCCUGGGUCACAACACUUCCUCUCCUCAUCUGUCCAGAUUCCUUGGGAAAGGGCGAUUUCACCCAAUAAAGUACCGUACUACAUCAACCACCAGGCUCAGACCACAUGCUGGGAUCAUCCCAAGAUGACAGAGUUAUACCAAACCCUAGCUGAUCUGAACAACAUUAAGUUCUCAGCUUACCGCACUGCCAUGAAGCUACGUAGAGUCCAGAAGGCACUGCGCUUGGACUUGGUAACUUUAACCACAGCCCUGGAGAUCUUCAGUGAGCAUGAUCUGCAGGCCAGUGAGCAUGUGAUGGAUGUGGUGGAGGUAAUUCAUUGUCUGACUGCCUUAUAUGAACGACUAGAAGAGGAAAGAGGCAUCCUGGUCAAUGUGCCACUCUGUGUGGACAUGAGCCUCAACUGGCUUCUCAAUGUUUUUGACAGUGGCCGCAGUGGAAAGAUGCGAGCAUUGUCCUUUAAGACUGGCAUUGCAUGUUUGUGUGGCACAGAAGUGAAGGAAAAACUACAGUAUCUCUUCAGCCAAGUAGCCAACUCAGGCAGCCAGUGUGACCAACGCCAUCUUGGUGUCCUGCUUCAUGAGGCCAUUCAGGUGCCCCGUCAGCUGGGGGAAGUGGCAGCCUUUGGAGGCAGCAAUGUGGAGCCCAGUGUCCGCAGUUGCUUCCGUUUUAGUACUGGGAAGCCAGUCAUUGAUGCAUCGCAGUUCCUGGAGUGGGUCAAUUUGGAGCCUCAGUCCAUGGUGUGGCUGGCUGUUCUACAUCGGGUCACAAUUGCUGAGCAAGUGAAGCAUCAGACCAAGUGCUCUAUCUGUAGGCAGUGCCCCAUUAAGGGCUUCAGGUAUCGGAGUUUGAAACAAUUUAACGUGGACAUCUGCCAGACUUGCUUCUUGACAGGCCGCGCUAGCAAAGGAAACAAGCUGCACUACCCCAUCAUGGAGUAUUAUACCCCGACUACAUCCAGUGAGAACAUGAGAGAUUUUGCCACAACCUUAAAGAACAAAUUUCGCUCAAAGCAUUAUUUCAGCAAACAUCCUCAGCGGGGUUAUCUGCCUGUGCAAUCAGUGCUAGAGGCUGACUACAGUGAAACGCCAGCUUCUUCUCCGAUGUUACCACAUGCUGACACACAUUCCCGUAUUGAGCAUUUUGCCAGCAGACUUGCUGAAAUGGAAAUUCAAAAUUGCUCCUUCUUUAAUGACAGCCUGUCCCCAGAUGAUAGCAUAGAUGAGGACCAGUAUCUGCUGCGGCACUCCAGCCCCAUUACAGACCGGGAGCCAGCCUUUGGACAGGAGGCUCCAUGUAGCAUGGCCAGAGAAAGCAAGGGGGAGCUUGAGAAGAUCCUGGCCCACUUAGAGGAUGAGAAUCGGAUUCUACAGGGAGAGCUGAGGCGUCUGAAGUGGCAACAUGAGGAGGCUGCUGAGGCCCCUACCCUGGCCGAGGGCUCUGCUGAUGUGGCACAAGAUCACCGCAACGAAGAACUUCUGGCAGAAGCCCGAAUCCUUCGGCAGCACAAGAGCCGCCUGGAGACACGCAUGCAGAUCCUAGAAGACCACAACAAGCAGCUAGAGUCCCAGUUACAGCGCUUAAGAGAACUUCUCCUGCAGCCACCCACCGAAUCAGAUGGCAACGGCUCUGCAGGAUCAUCACUAACUUCUUCUCCACAGCAGUCAGAAGGAAGCCACCCCCAGGAGAAAGGACAGACUACUCCAGACACAGAGGCUGCAGAUGAUGUGGGGUCAAAGAGUCAAGAUGUCAGUCUGUGCUUGGAGGACAUCAUGGAGAAGCUCCGCCAUGCCUUCCCCAGUGUGAGAAGCUCGGAUGUUACUGCCAACACUCUGCUAGCCUCUUGAUGGAGCCAGCCCCCCCAUCUUGUAGCCCACCUUCCUCUCCCCUUUCUGAUCAAAGCCUUCCCUCAGCCUUCACCCAACCUUCCCAGUCCCCACUGCCCCCACAUUUCUCAUCCAGAGUUAUUUGAGCUUCCAGCAGCAGAGAGAUCUGGUGGGACGUGAAGUGGGUGAGUGGGUGCUGGAGGUGGGAAAGGAAUGAUUCCUCUGAUUCUAGAAAUCACGUGCCCAUUAAUAUUCUAGUUUAAGCCUGGCUCCUUUUGCAUACUUCUGUGCCAGCGCAGGCAAAUAUCACUUGGUAGUCAUGCAGAUGGGGAAGCACACAAGCUUCCCUGUGAUGUGAAGCAGUGCCAAUUUGGUAUCUCCAUAUUCUGUGAUUGUAGCAUUAACCACAGAAGUUAGCCUGCUCCCUGGCCCAAGUCAGAGAGGCAAAAUGGUAUUUCCAAGACACCCCAAUUCUAAAAGUGCCCCUGAAAAAGCCCAUCAUUACUUCAGCUCCAGGCUAUUUUUCUCUCCAUAUUGAACUACUUGGAUGUCUACCCCAUAAAUAGCUUCAGGAUCUCAGGGCCUGGCAGACCUUCUUCAAGAAAAGAACCAUCCUUUCUGACUUUUCCUUCCACCCUACUACUGGGAACAUUAAAGAAAAAACUUCUGGGCUUAUAUUUUUGCCUGCCAC